GAACCCCAGAGCCUGCACCCCCAGCCCAGAGCCCCCUCCCACAGCCUGAACACCUCACCCCAACCCUCUGCCCCAGCUCUGAGCCCCUCCCACACCCCUAACACCUCAUCCCCAGUUCCCUUGGGUUGCUGGCAUCAAGGCUCAAGGGUGCGGCUGUCGCUCCGCUUCCCCCCGAACCGCCCCGGCCCUGGUUCACUGGGCCGGGUCCCGCGGCGGGCGCUCCGGACAGGGGCAGGUAGAGCAGCCGCCGCCGCAGCAGCGCCGCGCCGGACAGGCAGCUCUGCAAGGCGCCCAGUACAGCAGCGGCCGCGGCUCCUGCGCAUUCCUCCCGCUCGCGAACGCGCCUGAGCCCAGCUGCAGCCGCUGGAAAGUGCGAGCCUGGCCGUCGCGCGCUCCCCCGGCGCCUUCCAGGCCAGAACGCGAAUCCGGGGCUCGGGAGUCGCCGCGCUCGUGCGCGAGGAGGCUGAACGCCCGGGCUCUCCAACCCCUGGCUGGCCUUGCGCCGCCGCUCGCGAGCCGCGCUGUGCAGGCACGGCGGGGAGGGCUCGCGCGGACUGAGUGUCCCGAGCACCGCGGGCUGCGCUGCCUGCUCCUCCUCCUCUUGAGCAGAGCCGCAUGAUGGCGGCAGCUGCGGCCGUGGUGGUGGAGGUGAGCGUCAGCAGCACCGGGAGCAGCAGCAGCGACACGUCCAGCACCGGCGAGGAGGAGAGGAUGAGGCGCCUCUUCCAGACCUGCGAUGGCGAUGGGGACGGUUACAUCAGCAGGAAUGACUUGCUGAUGGUGUGCCGUCAGUUGAAUAUGGAGGAGUCUGUUGCUGAGAUCAUGCACCAACUGGGAGCAGAUGAAAAUGGGAAAAUUUCCUUUCGGGAUUUUACUCGGUGCCGCAUGCAGCUUGUGCGAGAAAUCAGGAAAGAGGAAGUGGAACUUUCUGUGAAAUCAGAUGACUCUUGUAAAAAGAAGUUGUUAAGGUACAGAAUAGCCUCCUGGCCAACGAGCAGUGAUAACAGUUUGGGUGCCUUAUCAGGUGCUAGAGAAAGCUGGGAAUACGAUUCUGGUGCAAGAGACCUUCAGAGUCCUGACCUGCAGAGUCAUUCUACCCUACAGAAGCUCUUGGAGUAUGGCGGCAGCAGUAUGAGUCAACAAGCUGCUCUGCAGAAACUGCUAACGCAGGCCUCCAAUCUUAGCAACUCAGUUGGAGGAAGCUAUUUAGAGCUUGCCAACACUGUUCCCAGCCUUGGCAAGACAAGUCUUGUAAUUUUGCUGGAGCCAAGACAGCUCCAUUUAGCAGCCCUGGCAUCACUAAAGGGAGAUAUAGUGGAGCUUAAUAAACGUCUGCAGCAAACAGAAAGGGAGCGGGACCUGCUGGAAAAAAAAUUGGCAAAGGCACAGUGUGAACAAUCUCAUCUAAUGAGAGAGCAUGAAGAUGUACAGGAGCGAACAACACUACGCUAUGAGGAACGAAUCACAGAGCUUCACAGCAUUAUCGCUGAAUUAAAUAAGAAGAUUGACCGACUACAAGGAACAACAAUAAGGGAGGAAGAUGAAUAUUCCGAACUACGAUCAGAGCUCAGCCAGAGCCAGCAUGAGGCUAACGAAGAUUCACGCAGCAUGGACCAGGAUCAGACUUCUGUUUCAGUACCAGAGAACCAGUCCACUAUGGUCACUGCUGACAUGGAUAACUGUAGUGACUUGAACUCCGAACUGCAGAGAGUGCUGACGGGGCUGGAGAAUGUAGUCUGCGGGAGGAAGAAGAGCAGUUGCAGUUUGUCUGUAGCAGAAGUGGACAGACACAUUGAACAACUCACCACUGCCAGCGAACAUUGUGAUCUAGCUAUUAAGACAGUAGAGGAGAUUGAGGGUGUGCUGGGACGGGAUCUUUAUCCAAACCUGUCUGAAGAGAGAUCUCGGUGGGAAAAGGAGCUGGCUGGUCUGAGGGAAGAAAAUGAGAGCCUCACCGCUAUGCUGUGCAGCAAAGAGGAGGAGCUGAACAGGACCAAGGCCACUAUGAACGCUAUCCGGGAAGAAAGGGACAGAUUGCGCAGAAGGGUUCGGGAACUACAGACACGUUUACAGAGCAUCCAGGCAACAGGUCCAUCCAGCCCAGGUCGUCUCACUUCCGCAAACCGACCCGUGAACCCCAGUACUGGAGAGCUGAGCACGAGCAGUAGUAGCAAUGACAUUCCCAUUGCCAAGAUUGCUGAACGAGUGAAGCUCUCAAAGACAAGGUCAGAGUCUUCAUCGUCUGACCGACCUGUCCUAGGAUCAGAAAUCAGCAGCAUAGGGGUGUCUAGCAGUGUGGCUGAGCACUUGGCCCAUUCUCUCCAAGACUGCUCCAACAUCCAGGAAAUCUUUCAGACACUCUAUUCACAUGGAUCUGCUAUCUCUGAAAGCAAAAUCCGAGAGUUUGAAGUGGAAACAGAGAGGUUAAAUAGCCGUAUUGAGCACUUAAAAUCCCAGAAUGACUUGUUGACAAUAACGUUGGAGGAGUGCAAGAGCAAUGCUGAGAGGAUGAGCAUGCUGGUUGGGAAAUAUGAGUCCAAUGCCACGGCACUCAGACUUGCACUGCAGUACAGUGAACAGUGCAUAGAAGCAUACGAGCUGCUGCUGGCUUUGGCUGAAAGUGAACAGAGUCUCAUUCUUGGUCAAUUCAGAGCUGCAGGCGUCGGAUCUGUCGGGGACCAAACAGGUGAUGAGAACAUUACCCAGAUGCUCAAGAGAGCUCACGACUGCAGGAAGACAGCUGAGAAUGCAGCAAAAGCCCUGCUGAUGAAGUUAGACGGCAGCUGCGGGGGAGCCUAUGCGAUCACUGGCUGUAGUGUACAGCCCUGGGAGAGCCUGUCAUCCAACAGCCACACCAGUACUACCAGCUCAACUGCAAGUAGCUGUGAUACGGAGUUCACAAAGGAGGAUGAGCAGAGGUUGAAGGAUUACAUCCAGCAGCUGAAGAAUGACAGGGCAGCAGUCAAGCUGACCAUGUUGGAGCUGGAGAGCAUCCAUAUUGAUCCCCUUAGUUAUGAUGUCAAACCUCGUGGAGACAACCAGAGGCUAGAUCUGGAAAAUGCAGUAUUGAUGCAGGAACUCAUGGCAAUGAAGGAGGAGAUGGCGGAGCUUAAGGCACAACUGUACUUGCUAGAGAAAGAAAAGAAAGCACUGGAGUUGAAACUUAGCACUCGAGAGGCCCAAGAACAGGCCUACCUAGUUCACAUUGAGCACCUGAAGUCUGAAGUAGAAGAGCAAAAAGAACAGAAAAUGAGAUCCCUCAGCUCCACCAGUAGUGGCAGCAAAGACAAAUUGGGCAAGGAAUGCACAGAUGGGACCCCAACACCAUUAACCCUAGCUGAGCUGAGACCAUACAACGACAGUGAACUGGCUGCAGAACUAACAAAUGCACUCAGACGAGAGAAGAAACUGAAAGGGAGAGUGCAAGAGUUAGUGAAUGCCUUAGAAAGACUCACAAAGAGCAGCGAAAUCAGACAUCAGCAGUCUGCUGAGUUUGUUAAUGACCUGAAAAGGGCAAACAGUAACCUUGUGGCAGCUUAUGAAAAAGCAAAGAAGAAGCAUCAAAACAAACUGAAGAAACUGGAGUCACAAAUGAUGGCCAUGGUUGAGAGGCAUGAGACUCAAGUGAGGAUGCUCAAACAAAGAAUAGCAUUGCUGGAGGAGGAGAACUCAAGACCUCACACUAAUGAAACUUCGCUUUAGAAUUAUAUAUAUAUAUGAUGACAAUUAGUGCCAUUAAAAAAGUUGGGUGUUUUUGACUGAUUUUAGGUAGUGAACACUAUUAAGGAUCUGAAACGUAACAGGCAUAGAUCAGCCUUGUGGCUUUGUCAAAUCAAGCCAGGAGGACUGGGGAGACUAUUUUAAGCUUAAGCAAAGGAUUGUUUAUUGAUGACUGCUUGAAAUGGACAGUGUCUGAAGGUAAAGUUUCCCAUCAUACCAAGGUUAUGUUCAUGGUAUAUGUAAUUAUGUACAUACACACACAUUUAGGAUUAUCUCCCAUCCUCAUCCUAAUGGGUGGGAGUCCCUCCACACUUUCAUUUUGAUCUUGAUGCAUUCCCUCGCUUUUAAUUUACACCCAAGACAAGGCCAAAAUAGCACUCAUUCAGAUGCUUUUGUAUGUUGGUUUGGGCACAGACUAAGCCAGUUGAUAGAUCUCCUAGCCACCAUGUCCUCUUUGUCCUGAAAUCUUGCAGUAAGACUUGCUGUUACAUUUAUUGUAUGUAUGUGUUUGGUGAGGGGAGGUGUGCAAGAUGACAGCCUCGUUUGUACCCUGCACCAAACUUGCAGUUCUCCACACCGCACACAGUCCAACAGGAGAACUCCUGCUAAUUCAGAGAUGUUUUACCCAGGCAGGAUUCCUGAACACAGCAACUAGAAAGCUCUUGCUGCAAGUCUACAAUUCUGCUUUAUUUCUUAUGCCCUUACAGGCUCUAUGUGGCCACAUGCUUUCUGUUUACAGUGCAGGGGAUGUGAGCCGAGAUUGGGUAGGAAGUUACAAGGAAGUUUUUGUCCUUCAUGUUAUAGGGUAGUGCUGACAGUCAAUUUAGAAAAAGUUGGAUUUAUUUUUCUAAAGUACAUUAUAGACAAGGUUUUCCUCAAAGAAGCCUCUGUCAGAUGCAGAAUAGUAUUAGACCAGCAUAACGUUCCAUUACACCUGUGUGUCACCAAGAGGCAGAAACCCUCUCUGCACUUACUAUGGAGUACAAAAAGGUACUUAUUUAUAAGGAAUGUACCUAUUAAAUAUUAAAAUAAAUGCACAUGAAUGCGUAUACAUGUAGAUAGAUACACACACAUACAAAAUGAGUGAGCAAAUGGCUGGCUCUUAGUACUAUGUGAGUAGAAGUUAUAUGAACACAGCCUUCUGAUGGCUGUUGUAAAAUUACAUUUAUAGGCUAUAUUUUAAUAAGUUACUGUUAUAAUGUAGGUGGACUUCUCUGUUCAAGCCAGUUGGUUUCUUAUGCCAUGCUAGCUAGCACAUGGUAAGACUGAAUGAGUCUGGUGUUUUUAGUAGAGGCUGAGUGAAGCACAGAGAUCAGGUUGCCACCUCUAGGAAGCAGAAGGUGUAGUCUCAGACAUGGCAUGCAUCCCAGCUCCUUUGGGCCUUGUUCACAGGACUUUUGUGUUUUCACUGUCACAGAGAUUGUCUGAACACUUAAAAUAAAACAACCCACCCUCAUCAGUUUAAUCAAUCUAGAGUCAAUUGACUUUUUUGUUAUUACUACAGCGCUGGUAUGUUUAGUAUUGGUCAAGCUUGAGGUGCUUUCCUUGGCAAAUGGAUUUACAAAAGUCUGCUGUCAUUCCCACCUGUCACACAGGAAUUUGUUGUGUUUUGGGACUUGUCUUGAGUUUCCUAGACCUGUUUAGAUUGAUGUGAAUUUCUCUGUAAAGGCUUGUUUAGCUUUAAAAGUAUUUCCAGAGAGCUGUGGCUAUGGUUCUCUAUGCUGAGUGACCCUUUGCUAGACUAAGCCUUUAGCCUUCCUGGCUGGAUCACCCUUUGCUGCUUCUAGAUGUUAAGCAGGGACAAUGAGGGGAUUUACUUUCAGCUUUUUAGGGAGCAGGUUAAAAACAGCCUUAGGUGAGAUUUAAAUGUCAGUGGUUUCUAAUGCUCUGCUUCCCUUUAGCAACCGCUGUUCUCUUUCCUUAAAAGUAGUGAAGGUUGAGUAGCAAAUCUGAGACAACAUAAGCUGCAACAAUGCCAAACCCAAUCUCCUGCCUACACCAGUAUAAAUGAAAAAGACAGCAUUACUUACAAACAAAGGGCCACCUUGUAGAGCCCUGCUACCUGACUUGAAACUACAGGGACCCCACUACAUGUGCUGGGUCUGGGUCAGGUGGGAAAGCAAGCGAUCCCUUAGGGGGUUAGGGUGGGAGUGGCUGCGUGCUCCACCAUGCUGCACUGCAUGUGUUGUAGAGGGUCUGUGCUGAGGAGCUGCAGAUUCUCACUCCACAGUACAUACAGCGCAGCAGGGAGGAGUGGAUGUUAAGACCAGUGCAUGAUGCCCUCCCUGAACAAACCCUGAGGCAGAAGGAGAGCUGGGAGGGGGUGUGGGUCAGAAAACAACUCAAUCCUCUCAGGGUUGAUCUGUCAGGCUUAAACAUUAGGCCCAAGCCAACCUGUACCACCUUUUAGUUUGGGUGGGGCCAAUCCCCUUUACCCACAGAACUGUAUAAUUUCCCACUUUGAACUGCAAAUCCCAUCAUCUAAGCAAUAUUCAUAUUGAUUUUCCAGUGUCCAGGUGCAGUUCUGUCCAUAGAAUUGUUUUGCUAAGCUAGAACUGUCCUUCACUGCAGCAGAAAGCUUUUUUGGGGGGCAAGAUCCAUGUUAAAAAUUUUUUUUUUAUUUUGCCCACAAAUGUCUCCAACAGUGGACAUUUUUCCUGACUGAAUGAAGAGGGCUUAAAAGGAAGAACCCCUCUUUAAAAUGAGGCAGAAAAAGCUGUGUUUAAGUAGUUUCUAUAUUUUGGGUCCAGUACCCCAUUCACUAAAAUAAGUGAGUUUUGUCAUGGGCCUUUAGUUGAAGCAGGAUCAGACUACAUGCCUCUGGGAAAACUUUCCUGGUGCUAAAAGAAUGUGUGCACAACCCUACAUCGUAUGAGAGAUGCACUAAGCCAGUUCCCACAGGUUCAAGGACUCAAGUCGUCAACCUUGUUACCUCCUUGAGAUCAGCCCUACAUUAACUGUGACCUAAGGACUUGACUUGAACACUGCUGCUUAAGUCUAGAUGUAAGUGGCUAGAUAAUGGGUGCAAAGUUCACAUUAGCUUUAGCAGGAGUUUUGGAUAAGUAAAGGCUGCAGCUGCUUGCUUGUACUAAAUGCCCCAAGCAUUUGCUUUCCCAUUUAUAAUAUGCAGCCAAAACUUAGGUAUGUAAUCCAAACUGCCCCAGACCAAACACCAGUUAGGCUCCUUGCUAACCCAGAUUGCUUUAGCUUACGCAGAAUUUUGUUAAUGAGCCAUAAACAAUCUCCAUGCUGGAGAAAUGUAUUUGUGCAGGAGGCACCCACUACCUGACAAGCCCUGAGAGCUGACUUUGAAAUAGAUAAAAACAAAACCUACACAAAAGGGACACAGUGACAUGCUUUCUUCCCUCACACAAAUUACAAAGGAACCAGGAAAUGUGAACCAUGUCACUGUUCUCUUUAUUCCUGCUACUGGGGUUCAGCGUUAGAUCCCUCUUAUACUGACCUCCUCACCAUGGUAUCUGAGUGCCUUCCAUUAAGCAAAGUUACUAAGAUCUGUCACUGGUGGUUCAUUCUCUCCCAAGGGAGUGUUUAAAUGAAAAUGCUGCCCUGUUUAUAUAUUAGAAAAGGCAAGGGUGAGGUGUGAUGUGCUUAACUCCUGCAGGAAUGUGUUGCAGAAUUGGGUAGGCUCCCUAGAAACCAUGGCUGUGGCUUUAGCCUUAAAAUAGAAAUGGCCCCUGUGCUCCUAAAGCCAAGUUGUUGACCACAGUCUUGAGCCAACAAGGACAGAUCCUGAUGCAAUAUUCUGUGCGAAGCCACUGUGGAGACUCAGCAAUAACAAAUCUAGAACAAGCACUUGAGACAGCUGAAAUUCUUCCACAUAUAGGUUUGGCUACCCCAGGUUGCUGGAUUGUUUUUCCUAGUAUCAGUUUUAGGAGGCCUGUUCACAGCUGUACAACAUAUAACAGUUGCUGAUAGUGUCUCUUACUAAGUUGAAAAGCAAGGGAUUUUAGGUUGUUUUUUUUCCUUCAAUAAGAGAGUGAAAGGGGUUUCUGUUUAAUAGAGGGUUUACUGUUUUAAGUAGAAGUUUUUAAUAUCACUUCAAAUCUAGGCUUUGCCUUCUCAGUCCAAAACAGAGCUGAGCAGAACCUGUCCUGUAUAUAGAUGAUUUCAUUAGGCAGGAAUAUUGAGCCAGCACCUUACUCAGAUUUCUAAGGGAUGAGGAAUGAUGUACAAGUUUUCUAUUACAUAUUAUUUUGUGAUAGUGCCAAUUUUAACCUACCUUUUAAGUUUGUUUUUAGCAUAUCUGUUUUAUUUCAAAUACAUUUUAAGAACGCUGUAAAGAUGUAAGUUUACAGGACAUCAUCAUAUCAAAGUGAUUAAAGGUAACCUACCCAACAUUUCUUCCAUGAUGUUGAUGAGCAAGACCCUAUUUGCUUUGUCACAGCUUCUGCUAUGGAGUCUUCAACAGUUAAAAGGGAGAUGUGGGUACCUACAAAGUACUGCUUAAUUUGUUAGUAUAUUAGAAAAGGGAGUGGGGAAUAGGACCAAUGGGAAAUAGUAGUGAAAUAGCUUAACAUCAAUCAAGAGUGUGUGUUAUAUGUUUUAGUGCUUCUUGUAAUAGGUUAAAAGUAGCCGUAGCCCUAGUGCACCAGUUACAAAAAUGACGACCUUAAAACAGUAAAUUCCAAAAACUAAUAUUUAAUUAUACAACUGUUUGAAACACCAGCUCGAAGUAUUAUGUAGUCUAUCUAAACUGACAAGUGUGCAUUCUAACUUCUGAAGAAGUAACUUACAUCAACUGUAGACACUGCAACCCAACUCCCACAGUUUAACACACAAAAACUCAUUUGAGUUCAAUAGCUGAAUUAGGUUCUAUUUAUAAGAACCUAGUCAAUUCUCCUUCAGUCUCUUAACAGACAAGUGCAACAGUGUAUUAAUUUGUAUCUUGUUCUAAUGACUUUUAAAAAAUUGUCUGAGUGUCAAAUAGUGCAUGAAAUUUUAUAUUUCAUAUUGUUCUGAAAAAGUACUUUUCUAAUUAAAAAGGU